AUGGAUGGUUCUGCAUUACUUUUACUUAAACAAUUACGUGAAUUUAAUCGUCAUCCCGUCGAAGGUAUUAGUGCUGGUCUCAUUGAAGAAUCGAAUCCAUAUGCAUGGAAUGUUAUUCUCGUUGGACCAUCGGAUACACUCUAUGAAGGAGGAUUCUUCAAAGCACGUUUGGAUUUUCCCAAAGAAUAUCCCAUAAAACCACCAAAAAUGAAAUUUAUUUCGGAAAUUUGGCAUCCAAAUAUUGAAAAAAAUGGUGAUGUGUGUAUAUCAAUUCUUCAUGAACCUGGUGUCGAUCAAUUUGGUUAUGAACGUGCAUCAGAACGUUGGUCACCGGUACAAUCAGUUGAAACAAUUUUGUUAUCUGUUCUUUCGAUGCUCAGCGAUCCAAACUGUGAUUCGGCAGCCAAUAUUGAUGCAUCGAUUAUGUGGCGAGAUGAUCGAGCAGCCUUUAAGAAAAAAGUUGGCGAAUGUGUACGAAAAACACUUGAAGAAAUGUGA